AUGAAUGACGGCUGUCAACUGAACAGGAUGGCCACUUUGGAUACGAACAACAACGCCCCAGGUGGCGUCAUCAGCUACAUUGGCUCCAAUGGGUCUUCUCCAAGCCGCACCAGCCCCGUCUCUCUGUGCGGCAGCGACAGCUCCAACGGCAGCUGCCAGCUGUCCUCGCAACCCGCCUUCCCCAGCUACUUCCCACCUUCGCCCACCGGGUCUCUGGUGCAAGACUCCGGGCGCCUUUAUGGGACCAGCUCCACCGGGCUCCGUGAUGAUGCUUCCCCUUCCUCCUCCUCUUCGUCGUCAUCCUCUUCCUACAGCUCUGGAGGCUCCCCCUUGGGGCUGCAAGUGGCCAUGGAUGACGGGAGGCGCAUCUCCCCUGCCAAAAGCACCAGCAGCAGCAUCACAAAGCUGAAUGGGAUGGUCCUCUUGUGUAAAGUCUGCGGAGAUGUGGCAUCUGGGUUCCAUUACGGUGUCCAUGCUUGUGAAGGCUGCAAGGGUUUCUUCCGGCGCAGCAUUCAGCAAAACAUCCAGUACAAAAAGUGCCUAAAGAACGAAACCUGCAACAUUGUCCGCAUCAACCGGAAUCGUUGCCAGCAGUGCCGCUUCAAGAAGUGUUUGGGGGUUGGCAUGUCCCGCGAUGCUGUCCGUUUCGGCCGCAUCCCCAAGCGCGAGAAACAGCGCAUGCUGGCAGAGAUGCAGAGCGCUAUGAACAACAUGGCUAACAACCAGCUCAGUGCGCAGUGCCCGCCCGAGGGCUUGUCGACGGGGCACCAGCAGCCUGCCAGCCCCCUUCUGUGCCACCAGCCGCAGCUGGUGCCACGAUCAUCACCGCCUCAUGCGGCCUCCCCUCCCCAGCCAUCUCCUUGCUUCGCCCAGUUCUCCCAGCAGCUGACGCCACCCCGCUCCCCAAGCCCCGGCGAAGUCAUGGAAGACGUCAUCUCGCAGGUGUCCAAGGCCCACAAGGAGAUUUUUGUUUAUGCUCACGACAAACUGGCCGCGGGGCCCCUGGCUCCUGCGGGGAGCGAGAACUCUCUGAGUUGGGAGAACAACUGGCUGUCCAGUGGCUACCAUGGCAACGGGCCCUGCCACCAAAACGACAACUGGAACUCUGGCUCCGCCCCAAGCAACACAUGUCACCAGAACAACAUGAACGGCCAUCGGUUUUGCCCCUCUGGCUAUCCCUCCGGGGAGACAGAUCCCUCCGUCGGCCAAGGCUGCCCCCAGCAAGGCGAGCCCAGCGAUAUCCUCUUGGCGUGUCCUAUGAAUUGUCACCCACAUGGUCGCAGUGGCCGCACAGGCCAGGAGAUUUGGGAAGAUUUCUCCAUGAGCUUCACACCUGCUGUACGAGAAGUUGUGGAAUUUGCAAAGCACAUCCCUGGUUUCCGGGAGCUCACACAGCAUGACCAGGUCUCCUUACUCAAAGCUGGCACAUUUGAGGUGCUGAUGGUUCGGUUUGCGUCCCUCUUCAACGUUAAGGAACAGACAGUGACAUUCAUGAGUCGUACCAAGUACAGCCUUGAGGAGCUGUGGGGGAUGGGCAUGGGUGACCUGCUGACAUCCAUGUUCGAGUUCAGUGAGAAGCUUGGAGCCUUGGGACUCUCUGAAGAAGAGCUUGGCCUCUUCACAGCUGUGGUGCUGAUCUCUGCAGAUCGUUCAGGCAUUGAGAACCCAGGAUCAGUGGAGCAGCUGCAGGAGAUGCUUAUCCGUGCCCUGAGAGCCCUCGUCUUCAAAAACCACCCCCAGGAAACGUCCCGUUUCACCAAGCUGCUGCUGAAGCUUCCCGACCUGCGCACCCUCAACAACAUGCACUCUGAGAAGCUGCUCUCCUUCCGCAUUGAUGCUCAGUAGAAGACAGGGAGGGCCUGCACAUAACUACUGGACCACCCUCUCGUCUUGCCCUCCCUGCGUCGUUGCACUAACCAGACUGCUCUCUCUGGGCCUGGACCCAGCAAACUAUAUUUAUACCGGCAUAGGAGCUGCUGCCCCCACCUGCUCAGAAGCAAGCGGCCACAAGCCGCCUUUUGUAAAUAUCUCUCUGUAUAUUGGAGUUGUGUGAAUAGAACUGGCAUUCUUCCCUGCUGUGGCGCUGGCCACACAGGAAUAAUAUAUUGAAAACCAAAA